AUGAGAAUGGAAGAUAUUCGUAAGUUGGUUCAACUUGAGGCUGUGGGGGUGGUGCGCCGAGGGCCUAUUCGCACGACGACAGCUCCAAGGCAACCCCCACAUGGCCUUCGAUGGAAGCAACUUACGAAUCCCUUCCACUUGCCUCUUAAAACGAACUGGAAGCUACUCCAACGCCAAUCUAUUAAGGGAUUCUUCGGAACCCAGUUUUUCUACGUACAAAUAAUUUGGAUAUUUAGCAACGACUACUUGAUAAGCGGGGUAGGAGAAUGGGGUCUAAGUGCAGGUCAGGAGCCCUGCCAACGUCACCUGGUGCCAGUGGUGGAGAUGAUUCAGUUUCAAUAA